AUGGGUGAGCCGAGUGCAAAACGGACCAAAACAACCGACGAGUCUCCAAACUUUGCGUCGGAUGUUUCGGAAACGGUGAGAGAGAAGUUGAUGGAACUCGAUCAAGUUCAAUAUGAUUUGGAUGACUAUGGCGAGAAAGCUGCUGAGGAAAUUCUUCAGGUUGGCUUUUUAACAUCUAAAUACGCUGUUUUCAAUAAAAUGUGUUUUCAGAUCGAGCAAAAAUACAACAAACUUCGCCAACCGCAUUAUUUGAAGCGUAAAAAUCUCAUUCAACACAUUCCAAACUUCUGGCAACACGCGUUUUUGAAUCAUCAUUUAUUGUCAACUGCAGUUCCAGAAGAAGACGAGGAAUUGUUGGGAAAAUUGAAAGAAUUGGAAGUUGAAGAAUUUGAAGAUAUCAAAAGCGGAUACAAAAUCAAGAUGACUUUCGAGAAAAACAAUUUCUUCGAUAACGAAACCAUUGUCAAAACUUUCCAUUUGAACACUGAAAAUCCAAAUUCAGUAACAACUGAAAUUGCAUGGAAGCCAAACAAAAAACCAGAGAUUGACAAGGAUGCCAGCGAUACACAAGUCACAUUCCUUCAAUGGCUUGUUACAAAUUUGCCACCAGACAGUGAUGAAAUUGCUGAAGUUAUCAAGGAUGAUUUAUACAUCAAUCCACUUCAAUAUUAUGUGAUGCCUGAUAUGGAAUCGAUUCAUGAUGACGAUUUGGACGACUUCGAAGAUGAGCAAGAAGAGGAAGCUGCUAAAGAAUAA